UUUCCAGGUCAUGUCCUUGAACUAGCAGAGCAGUCUGAGAAUAAGACCUUGGCGGUAUUUUCCCAAGUAUACCGACGCAUGGUGCCUCAGUCCAGCGAAUUGAUACGUCAGCUCUAUUCGGAGAUCAUGAACCACUUGAGGAAUGCGAAUAGUAAUGGUAUCAACACCGGCCGCAGCAGCAGCAGCAGCAGCGGCAACAACCUGAGCAAUCUAGAAGAUGCCAUACAGAAAUUCUUUGUGAAUCUCUUUCCGGUAGCCUAUCAUCAGGCGGUGCACUUGAGCAAGGAUAAUUAUGGCGAAUUACAUGAGGAUUAUAUCAAUUGCUUGAAGCACACAUUCGACGAUCUGCAACCAUUCGGCAGCAUACCCAAGGAGAUCAAACGCAAUUUGCUUCAAAGCGUACAAACGGCGAGCAUCUUCUUGAAUUCACUGCAACAGAGCGCUGAAGUGCUUAGCGAGACUGAUGAAUUGUAUGCCAUGUAUCUGACCGACAACUGUCAGAAGCAUUUGCUCAAGAUGAGCUACUGUCCGAGCUGUAAUGGAUAUCAGAAGACACAAGUGAAAGCGUGCUACAGCUACUGCAUGAAUGUGCUGCGUGGCUGCUCGGCUCAAUACGCUGGCGUAUUGGAUAGCCCUUGGUCGAAUGUGGUGGAUGCUAUACAAAAUUUAGUGACGACGCACAUACGAUCGGACAGUGGCAUUGUAACAACAAUCAAGCAGCUGGAUAUAAAGUUGUCCGAAACCAUUAUGCGGGCUAUGGAGAAUGGACCUAACCUAGAAAUGAAGGUUAAGAAAACAUGCGGCACGCCAAAACUUUUGCCCUCACUAACAGCGGACAAUGAUCUACGCCCUCUGCAGCCACACAACAUUAAAUGGGCAACCCCACCGGAUGCGGAAAUUCUGCACUUCCAAUCAACCAUAGACAAAUCCAAGGAAUUCUACUCGAACAUCGUUAACAAUGUGUGCGAAGACGAUGACAUCCAACGAAAUGAUCACAACUGUUGGACAGGCGAUCGUGUUGGCGACUACACCCAACUAGUGAUGACCCAAGGUGUAGACACACAACGGUACAAUCCCGAGGUGCCGCUGGUGCCAAGCUCGCAAUCGACGAAAUUGAAUGAACUGGUGGACAAGUUGAUCAAGGUGCGCAAGAACAUCGGAACGGCGAUACCAUCCACCACGCGUUCAUACUCUGACAUACAGAGCGAUAUGGCGCGCCACGAUGAGGAGGGCUCCGGCGGCCACAUGCCCGACGACAUGGAUGACGAGGAAUACGGCAACCAGAAUGGCUCAGGCGAUGGAUCUGGCGAUGGUGCCACCUCAUCGCCAUUCGAUCCGUUGGGUCCAACCGAGAACACCAACAAUGAAAUCGAGCCACGUCAAGAAUCCGCGGCGACGGCGCUCACCGCCGCGUGUCCCAGCCGCCUGAGCUCGCUGCUGGCCGGCGCCGCAGUACUAGUCACAUUCACAGCCCUUUUGCGAAGCAGAAGCUAAACGCCAACAAUGCAACGCAACGCAACGCACACAGCGCAGCUCGCCAGCAAUAAAUGUGGAUGAUGGGGAAUGCAAACAAACUAAAUUUGUUUCACUUUAGGAAUACUAUGUAUAAUUAAUUUAUAUAUAUGUAUAUGUAUGUAUGAACGACGACGCCGGACAAAGGAAACACACAA